AUGUACAGAUCUCAUUACGCGGCUACUACCCUCGUUGCGCUCGUUAGGAAUACCCGUGCUUGCGAUUUGGACUCGACCGAAAUGAACCAGGGACUGGCACUUGACGCGCCUAGCGCAGGAACUAGUUCCUCUUUACAACUAGCCACACAGAUCAAAGACCUCUUACUUCAACUACAAUCGAACCUUUUCCCAAAACUACGAAACGAAGUGAUAAAACUAUGCGAUUUGCUGGAGAGACCUCACUCGAUGCUCAAGCUCAUGCAAGAGAGUCAACCGGCACUUGAUGAAAUUUGGCAUAAUCUCGACUGUGCAGUGGCGAUCAUUUAUCCGAAUGGACAAGACUAUGCCCUCUCCAAAACCAACGACCAACACACCAACGAACUCAAAUCCUACAGACUUGAACAGCUUGAAAUCCAUCUGCUUGAACUUACGAGAGUGGAAAAAAAAAUCAGUCCCGUCUGUCACAGGUACUAUGAGCUUCAGCAUCUGAAGGACCCAGCCGAAGAUGUUGAUGUCAGGGAAGAACUACAUUGCUCCAAGUUUUUCGCGGACGAGUACACGUCUUAUGCUCUACAUAUGAUUGAUUUAAUCACUGGCUGCCUCAAAGAUUCUGAAAUUGACCUCGUUCAAUCUCGUUGGGCAUCAGGAACAGGGUCGAUUGAUGGAACACUGGUCAAGCUCUUGAGAUUGAUCAAUCUAAAAACCCAAAUCGGACGCGAAAGAAUUACUCAGCUCACGAUGUCGCAUCGAUUCUCCACGACUUUUUAA